AUGGGAGUUGUAGGAUUGAAGGAGGGCUCCAAGCAACGCUCACGAUAUAUCUACAUGAGUAAAAAAAUUGCUACACCAGAGGAAGAAAACAAUGUUGCUGAUGAGGAGCUGUCCCCAGAUCCUCCAGUACUGUCGGCUAUUUGCGCUACCGUUGCAUGGAUCAUGCUGGCAGCGGCUGUGUUCUGCAUAUGGGAGGAGUGGACAUACUUCACGAGCAUUUACUUCUUCUUCAUUUCAUGCAGCACGAUAGGUCUCGGCGAUGUGACGCCCGCACAUCCAGAGUAUAUGAUUGCCACAUUCGGAGUGGUGAUGGUCGGGCUUUCGCUGGUAUCCGUCUGCAUAGAUGUGGUUAAAGAGAAGCUUGAACUCAUGUACAUGGCACUGCUCAAGAAGAUGUUGCAGGAUUACAUGGAAGCAGUCAAAAAUGGAGAUCCGAACGCCGCGGCUGAGAUGAUGGCUGGAUUCCAAGGAAGAGCGAAAUAUCUUAUGCCACUGAUA